GAUAACAAGUCACUUCUUCCUCGUCGUGGCUGUGUCCCUAACCUAUCCUUCCAAGAACCCCGUUCAUGUUCAUCCUGGUUUCACCCGAGGAUAGAAAUUUGUUAGAAGAAAUUGGACCAUAAAGCGUGCCCAAAAUGAAUUCAUCAAUGUCAGCUAAAGAUGUCAGAAAGGCAUUUCUGGACUUCUUUAUCGAGAAGAAGAAGCAUGAGUAUGUGCACUCAUCUUCAACUAUUCCUCUUGAUGAUCCAACUUUGCUUUUUGCUAAUGCUGGAAUGAAUCAAUUUAAGCCUAUUUUCCUUGGAACUGUUGAUCCUAAUAGUGAUAUGUCUAAGUGGAUCAGGACUUGCAACACACAGAAGUGUAUUCGUGCUGGUGGCAAGCACAAUGACCUCGAUGAUGUUGGGAAAGAUGUUUAUCAUCAUACUUUCUUUGAAAUGUUGGGUAAUUGGUCCUUUGGUGACUACUUCAAGAAAGAGGUCUGUACUUGGGCAUGGGAACUCUUGACUGACGUGUUCAAACUUCCUGCUGACCGCUUGUAUGUCACUUACUUUGGAGGAAAUGCGGCAGCUGGCCUGGAGCCUGAUGAAGAAUGCAGACAAAUUUGGAUUAAGCUAGGUAUUCCAGAGUCUCAUGUGUUGCCAGGAAGUAUGAAAGAUAACUUUUGGGAGAUGGGUGAAACUGGUCCUUGCGGACCUUGUUCAGAACUUCACUUUGAUCGAAUUGGAGGUCGGGAAGCUGCCCAUCUUGUAAACCAGGAUGACCCUGAUGUCUUGGAAAUCUGGAAUUUGGUAUUCAUUCAAUACAACAGAGAAUCUGAUGGGUCAUUGAAGUUGCUUCCCAAAAAACAUAUUGAUUGUGGCAUGGGAUUUGAACGUUUGGUGUCUGUAAUUCAAAACAAAAGAUCCAAUUAUGAUACUGAUGUAUUUUUGCCACUCUUUGAUGCUAUUCAGAAGGGAACGAAUGCUCCCGCUUACCAAGGACGUGUUGGUGCUGAAGACUCUGAUGGGGUGGACAUGGCUUACCGAGUACUUGCUGACCAUGCAAGGACCAUCACUAUUGCACUUGCUGAUGGAGGCACUCCUGAUAACACUGGUCGAGGAUAUGUCCUGAGACGUAUUCUGCGUCGUGCUGUGCGCUAUGCCACUGAAAAACUUAAUGCAAAACCCGGAUUCUUUGCCACUUUGGUCCAUACUGUUAUUGAGUUGUUGGGUGAAACCUUCCCCGAGGUCAAGAAAGACCCUCAGAGCAUAAUCGAUACCAUCAAUGAAGAGGAGCAGCAGUUCUUGAAAACCUUAUCCAGAGGCAGGAACCUUUUGAACAGAACUAUUGGAAAGUUGGGGGAUAGUAAGACUCUUCCUGGUGAUGUUGCUUGGCGUCUCUAUGACACAUAUGGAUUCCCUGUUGACUUGACUCAGCUGAUGGCUGAGGAAAAGAAUCUCACUGUGGAUAUGCCUGCAUAUGAAGAAUCCAAGAAACAAGCACAACUGAUUUCUCAAGGUCGAGGAGCUGGUCUGGACGACCAGAUCAGUUUGGAUAUUCAUGCCAUCACUCACCUUCAGGACCAAAAAGUGGGCCCAUCAGAUGAUUCUUUGAAAUACAACUACAAAGCUAAAUCACAGGACAAGGAUGCUGAAUAUGAGUUCCCCUCAUGUGUUGCCAAGGUUAUUGCACUGCGACACUCCAAACAGUUUGUCCAGGAAGUAACAUCUGGUCAGGAAUGUGGUGUUCUGCUUGACAAGACUGUAUUCUAUGCUGAACAGGGUGGACAAAUUUUUGAUGAGGGCUUUAUGGUCAAAGUUGGUGAUGAGAGCACAGAAUUUUCUGUGAAGAAUGUCCAAGUUCGAGGAGGAUAUGUGCUUCACAUUGGCUCCGUAGAAGGAACUCUGAAAGUAGGUGACUCUGUUGCUUUACACUUGGACGGUGCCCGCCGACAGUUGAUCAUGAAGAACCACACCGGAACCCAUGUUUUGAAUUACGCUCUUCGUGCUGUCUUGGGAACAGAGGCUGAUCAGAGAGGUUCGCUUGUGGCUCCUGAUAGAUUAAGAUUUGAUUUUACCAACAAGGGUGCUAUGACUGUGGAUCAAGUUAAGAAAACUGAACAGGAAUCCAAUAAACUUAUUGCUCGUAAUGAAGAAGUAUAUGCCAAGGAAUCCAACUUGGCAGUUGCUAAGACAAUUCGUGGUCUUCGAGCUGUGUUUGAAGAGACCUAUCCCGAUCCCGUGAGAAUUGUCUCAAUUGGCAUCCCUGUUGAAAAAUUAGAAGCUGAUCCCAACAGCCCAGCAGGAGCUGCUACUUCCAUUGAAUUUUGUGGAGGCACUCAUCUGCAGCGAGCGGGACACAUUGGUGACUUUGUCAUCGCUAGUGAGGAAGCAAUUGCCAAAGGCAUUCGCCGUAUUGUUGCUUUGACUGGACCUGAGGCCCAGAAGGCUUUGAAAAAGACUGAAUUAUUGGAGAACGAGCUCAACUCUGUUCGUACAUCAUUGGAUGCCAUCAAAACUGCAGCUGACCAGAAGGUCGUAGUGAAAAAGAUUGUAGAGCUUACAAAUGACAUAUCUCAAGCUGUCAUUCCCUACUGGAAGAAGGAAGAAAUGCGAACUCUCCUGAAGAACCUGAAGAAGCAGUUAGAUGACAAGGAACGUGCUGUGAAAGCAGCUCUAGCUGCUAAUGUCGCUGAUGAGAUUAAGGCUUUGUGUCAGGCAAAUCCCAACAUGCCAUUAUUGGUGAAGGAACUCCAAGCUGACUCUAACACAAAGGCUUUGGAUGGUGCUUUGAAACAAGUUAAGGCAUUUGCACCUGAAACACCUGCCAUGUUCUUCAGUGUGGAUGCUGCUGCUAAGAAGAUCUUUUGUCUCUCUGCUGUACCAAAGAGUGCCGUGGAGAAGGGUCUGAAAGCAAAUGAAUGGGUUGGAGCCGUUUCAGUGCUGAUGGAAGGCAAAGGAGGUGGCAAGGCUGAGUCUGCCCAAGCCUCAGGAUCAAACAUUGACGCUUUGGCGGCCGCUCUCGACAAGGCCUUAUCUUUUGCAUCUAGCAAGAUUGGUGGAGCACCAGCGGGUCCUACUCUGAAAGCUGAAAAAGGAAGCACGUGUUUCAUUCGGGCCCUGAUAUGUGCUAAGUACGCUGGGAAGGACAUUAGUGUUACUGCAGGAGAACACGAAUACAGUGAAAAUGGUGUGUCAUUUACCAAUACAGCUUCCAUUUGCUAUUAUCUGUCAACUCCAGCCUUGCGAGGUGGAUCAUCUGUUUACAAUCAGGCUAAAGUUUUACAAUGGGUGGAGUUCUGUGAGAACCAUAUUCGGUGCUCUGUUGGUGCUUCACUUAGUGCUGUGUUCAAGAGUUCAUUGAAUCAAAAGCAUUGUCUGCCUGACAAUCUAACCAAUGACGAACUGUGUCUCAACCUUAAAUUUCUGGACCAGUUGUUUCUUAAAUCCACAUUUUUGGCUGAUGAACGAAUUACUCUGGCAGAUAUUACCCUCUUCAGUUUACUUUUGCCUGUGUACAUGUACAAUUUGUACCCUGCAAUGAGCAAUCUUAUCAAUCUAAAUCGGUGGAUGAAUACGAUUCUAAAUCAGCCUGAGGUCCGAUCAAUCGUUGGUGACAUAGAAUUGCCCUCUUCGACACUUCAAAAGUCGACUUCAACCCCACCUUCUCUGGAAGGACGUCCACCUGUAAAUGGCCACGCUUCCUUGGGGAAAGUGAACGCUGAGAUUCAGCAGACGCUUGUAAGUGCAGCUUCUGUGACGGUUCCUGCUCUCCCUCCUGCUGCCACGUCGGUUCCUCCUACUGGCCCUGCUGCCAUCGCCGCUUCUGCCACUCCUGCCCCACCAGCAAAAUCUACUCCCACUCCCACAAGUCCCAAACCUCAAGAAAAUCCUCAAAAGAAGAAAGGAAAGAACAAGAAAAGACAUUAGACCAAGGCCAGUAAGAACUUUUGCUCAAUCUGAGACCAAACUUGCUCACAGGUGUAAUUUAUUGACUAACAAAUUGUUUUAAAUGAAUAAAACUGACCCCAACAAAUUA